AUCGAAUCAACAAAAAAAAAAAAAAAAAUCCAAAUCAUUGUCUCGAUAUAGAUAUAUAUGCAACUAAACCGACGACCUUUUGAAACAAAAACUUGGCAGAAUCGAAUCUGUCCAUCGGAGACUAUGGUGAAGAUUCAUCCCGAUCUAACAACCUCCGGCGCCGGAGAAGAAACAAGUUCGCCGUACUUGACGACGGAGCAAGAGACUUUCACUAUAUGGAUGAAGUCGUUGGUGUUCAACACAAAUGGCUGCACCGUCUUCAAUUCCAAAGGGAAAAUAAUCUAUCGUGUCGAUAAUUAUAACUCUAAGAGCUGCCGUGAAGUUUAUCUCAUGGAUUUGUCCGGUCAUGUCUUGUUUACCUUACGUAGACAGAAAUUUGGAUUAUUCAAGACUUGGGAAGGAUAUAGAUCAUCAUCUGGAACAGCUGAAUCAACGACAAAACUUGAAUAUUUUCGAGUGAAAAAUAAUGUUUUUCAAAUUCCGGAUAAAGAUUCAUCAUCUUCCUAUAGAGUCAUCGCGGGAUCGUGUAGAAACGAUGAACAAUAUUGUUAUAAGAUGGUAACUCGCGGAUCAAGUCUAGCGAUUGAGGAUCACUGUGGAAAACUAUUGGCAGAAGUGAAGAGAAAGCAAUCGAGAAAUGGUUUGAAGUUAGGAGAUGAUGUUUUGACGAUGACGGUAGAGUCACAAGUUGAUCACUCUUUCAUCAUUGGACUUGUUUUAGCUCAUAGUCUUAUCAAUUGUAUACUGUAACAAGUAUAUACUUUACUUAACCGUUUACUAAAUUAUACUGAUGAGAUUUUUGGCUUGUAAACUAGUUUUUUUUUUAGGUUCCACAAAUUUUGUUUUGUUACAUAUCAAAAGAAAGUACAAUUGAUGUUACUUGUUGUAAGGUAGAGUUCUAAUAAAGUGAGUGUAAGCUU